CACGGUAUUGGCCGGCGGUGGGGAGGGCGCGCGAGUGGUGGUGGUAAAAAGCCGGGUUUCCGCUCUAGAGCGCGUUCGCGGCGUAGCGUAGCCGACGAGGCGCGGGAGAGGCGAAAGGCGACAGAGGCACGGGAGAAGUGGAAAGCCGGGAAGAGAGAGCCGACGAAGGAAAGAGAAUCGGGGGUCCACAACAAAAUCGCUUAAUCGCUUUGCGCCACCGUCCGCAACGGAGCACAGCCCAUCCGUCGCCGCCAUCGCAGUGCCCCCUAGUGUGCAUGCAUGUUCCUCGCUUUCUCUCUCUCUCUCUCUCUUUCUCCCUCUUUUUCCCCUUUCUCCUUCUCUCCCGAGGGUCGCGCUCCGUCUCUCUCUCUCCUCCCUCUCCCUCUCCCUCUCCCUCCCUCGCCCUCGCGGUGUCUCCCGCUGUCUCUUUCUCCCCGUGAUUCGCUAUGCCACUUCGGCCCGCGACGUUUUCACGGACAAUCCGUGAGUGACAGCUGCCAGUGGCCAACGCGGUGAGUGCGUGUCUCUCGCUGAACGACUGACACGGCCGAUACCGGCUGUGCGUGCGUGACAGCUUGCGUGCGUGCGUGCGUGCAUGCGUGCGCGUGGAUACGCGGGUAAAUACGUAAUUCGACGAGGCCGUCCGUUUCGUUUUCGCGCCCUGUCGCGGACCGUGUGUUUAUCCGAUACGAAAGUGUGUGCCUAUCCCCCGGGACCUUGGACAGCAACGCGGGGGUUGACGAUUACCGCGCGGACCGGAUCGUCGCCGCCGUUGCUGCUAUUCCUGCCGCUGCCGCUGCUGCUCCGCUAAAGAUUUCAUUUGUGGGUCAGGUCAUGGUAAGCGGCGGCAUGGCCGGGCAGCACUACUGCCUGCGCUGGGACAACUACCAGUCGAACAUGACGUCCGUGUUUCACCAGCUCCUGCAGACCGAAGCCUUCGUCGACGUCACCCUGGCAUGCAACGAGGCCUCGUUAAAAGCGCAUAAGGUGGUGCUGUCGGCCUGUAGUUCCUACUUUCAAAAACUCCUUCUGUCGAAUCCCUGCAAACACCCGACCAUCAUCAUGCCGAAGGACGUGUGCUUCAACGACCUCAAGUUCAUCAUCGAGUUCGUCUACCGCGGGGAGAUCGACGUCUCACAAGCGGAGCUUCAGUCGCUUUUGAAGACGGCCGACCAGCUAAAGAUCAAGGGCCUGUGCGAGGAGAACAGGGACGGUCCACAACCCGUAAGCCUGAGCUCGCCGCCGAGGGAGUCCGGCACCCCGAGAUUAAACUACACGAAGCUGAAGAAGCACCAUCAGCGGUACAAGCGACCCAGAAUCGAACGACCCACGUUCGAGCCACGCGCCACCGAUCCACUACGACACUACGAGCGCUACAAAGAGGAAGAGCCGAUUACAAUUAACGAUUAUAGCUGCGAUAACAAAGAGAACCACCGGGAUUGGCAAGCCGAAGAUGAAGAGUGCACGGAGACAGCAACAGCAGCAGUAGCACUGGAAACUUGCCAGCGUAACAACAACAACAACAACAACGGUAACGGCGCGAGUAACAGUAACAACGGUGACAUGUUCUGUCACACAGGGCUAGGUCAUUAUGGCCAUCAUCCGGAUCCUGGAGAGGUCGAUUUACCCCCCGAAACUCAACCUACACCACCAAGCGCCACCUUAGUCGGCACUACCAUUACCCAUCUAAGAGAUCCGGAUCAUCAUUCUACAGAGAUUCAGAACUGCGACAGUGAGAUCAAGAUCAAGUUCGAGACGUUGCACACGAUGGACUCUUCGGAUACGAUCGACAUAGAUAGCCAUAUGUCAGAUCGGGCUAGCGUGAGUUCGAAAAACGCUGUCGACAGCGAUAACAUGAUGAUGAUAACGCCAGAAUUGCUCGGACUGAUGCCAUCAGGAAGCUCUGGCCAGUCAGACUCAGGCGACAACAAUUCGAGGGGACACUCUGGACAGUCUAGCUCGCAUCAUCACGGUUCAAAAUCGUGGACGCAAGAAGACAUGGACGCGGCUCUGGAUGCAUUGAGGAAUCAUAAUAUGAGUCUGACAAAAGCAUCGGCAACAUUCGGAAUUCCCUCGACGACUCUAUGGCAACGGGCACAUCGACUAGGCAUCGACACGCCGAAGAAGGAUGGUCCCACGAAAUCCUGGAGCGACGAAAGUUUGAAUAACGCUUUAGAAGCUUUACGUACUGGCACCAUUUCGGCUAAUAAAGCAUCCAAGGCAUUCGGUAUACCUUCUAGUACAUUGUAUAAGAUCGCGAGAAAGGAAGGAAUCAGACUGGCCGCGCCGUUCAAUGCAAGUCCCACGACGUGGACGCCCGCCGAUCUGGAUCGCGCUUUGGAAGCGAUAAGAUCUGGCCAAACAUCUGUGCAAAGAGCGUCGACAGAAUUCGGUAUACCUACGGGGACGUUGUACGGAAGAUGCAAGCGAGAAGGAAUCGAACUUAGCAGGAGCAAUCCUACACCGUGGAGCGAAGAUGCUAUGACUGAAGCUCUCGAGGCUGUCAGAUUAGGGCACAUGAGCAUCAAUCAAGCAGCCAUCCACUAUAAUCUGCCGUAUUCGUCAUUGUACGGGCGUUUCAAGAGAGGCAAGUACGAAGAACCCGUUGUUGGUGAUAUCUCACAGGAUGGCAGCAGUCCACAUUUUCAUCAAAGUCCCAAUCAGAAUCACUCGUCCGCCCUUCCAGAUCAAAUGCCUUAUCCGGGCAGCUGAAACUUACCUCUUUACUAGAGUAUUAAGUUAGCUUAAGCUCUGAACUUUUCGAUUCGUCGCUGCUGCUCCUCAAAUUCUUUAACAAACACGCAAAUGAAGAAAUUCCAAGGGAUUAGAGACCAAUCGGAGAAUGCCAUUAUAAAAACACACGCUAUAAUAGCAGAGGGCAAGAUUUACCCGCAGUAUUAAAGGCGGAUCGUCGUAAGCGAGCGUUAUGUACAUUGUAUGAUUUUUAUGUUGGAACAAGAGAAAAAACUUAGGUUAUACCAAUAAUUUAUAAGAAUUAUUUAUAAAGAGAACAUAUACAGAACAUGUACAGAAACUGGGAAAUAUCACUUCCCAACGAAAACUACUUUUAGCGCUUAAGCCAGUUAACGAUGAGGCAGUGAAUGUGAGAAUAGAUAUUAUAACGAAUGAUAUAGUAUCCUGUUAAUUGAAAUCACAUCGCAAGAGAUAAGUAAUAUCGUUUAAUUGCCAUUAUGUUGCAAUUAAUCCAUUAUAGCAAUGAUAUUCGUAAAGAUGCUUUCAACAAUUGAGCCUAUAUCUUCGUAAGACAACAAAAUGAAUUAUCUCUCACGGUUUUCUUAUUGAAGAGAUUUUUUGCAUAAUGAUUUCGCAUAACAAGGAUACAUUCGUGAGUAUGUGUCGAUACCGAGGGAGAAUGUAUACAUAUAAUUUAGUGCUAUACAAAAGUUUAUGUAAUGACGAAAGUGGCGUUCUAACACGUGCGGCAUGUCUAAAAUAACUGGGAAAACAUAAAAUUUAUUGCAAUUUAAAGAAUAUAAUUUUGUUGUUCCUCAAAUUUUGUUUUUCUUUAUUUCAUAAAAAAUUUGUAAGCAUGUUUUAUUUAUCUGCAUCGCAUACAGUUAUAUAUUUUUUUAAAUCAAUACUUUCAAACUAAAAUAGCAUAUGAUUAUUGGCUAUUCUAAUUUAAUAGUAUUUCUAUGAUAACUUACAUGUGCGCUAAUCAUUUUGAAUGUUAUAUUCCGCUUAAUAGACUGAAAAUAAAUAGA